GUUUCUUAUACAUGUACAUUCCUGCUAUAGUUCUGCUUUAUUCAGUUUCUUCAAUUGAGUUCUAUUUUCUGGCACCGGUGUUCCCUGGCCCCGACCCGGCACCCCCUAUUCUUACCCCUGCUCUCUCGCGAGAGUUUCUAUUGUGGACUACUUCCGUCUUCAUUUGUUCUGGGCUGCGUGUACAGCACCUUGUCAUUAUACUUUUCUUUGUGCUCACUUUCAAUUCGAUCCUCCCUCAGCUCCUCCUCUUCCUUCACCUCAUCCCUUUCAUCCGCCCCUCGGCUGUCUGUUCGUUCGUUCGUUCGUCCGUUCGUUCUUCCCUUCGGCGUCCAUUGUAGUUUGGCG